UUUUCUUACACAACACGCUUUCCUUCUAAUUUAUAUUUCUAUAUCUCAAGCACCUUCCUUUCACUUUAAACACAAAACACUGACUACGUGAGACAGUGAGAGCAACAAUGGCUGCCGCCGGAGGAGGCCCAAAACCAAAACUUGAUGAGUUUCAGCCACAUCCCGUCAAAGAUCAACUUCCUGGCGUCGACUUCUGCGUUUCCAGCUCUCCUUCUUGGGCUGAAGCGGCAAUUCUUGGAUUUCAGCACUACCUGGUGAUGCUCGGAACCACUGUUCUCAUCCCGACAAUACUUGUUCCUUUAAUGGGUGGUGGCAAUCGAGAGAAGGCUGAAGUGAUAAAUACUUUGCUCUUUGUUGCCGGCUUAAACACGCUCACUCAAACUCUGUUUGGAACUCGGCUUCCAGUUGUGAUGGGUGGUUCCUAUGCUUUCAUUAUCCCAACUGUCUCCAUUGCCAUCUCAAACAGAUUCAACAUGUAUAUUGAUCCUCAUCAGAGGUUUAAACAGUCAAUGAGAGCUAUCCAAGGGGCACUCAUUAUGGCAUCACUUUUUCAUAUGAUAAUUGGUUUCUUUGGCUUCUGGAGAAUUUUUGGAAGAUUUCUUAACCCUCUUGCCGCAGUUCCUCUGGUAACUCUUACUGGACUUGGGUUCUAUGCUCUAGGUUUCCCUCAGCUGGCAAAAUGCAUUGAAAUUGGACUCCCAGCAUUACUGAUAUUGGUUCUCAUAUCUCAGUACUUUCCCCAUUUGAUAAAAUCUAGAGGAGGCAUCAUUGAGCGAUUUGCAGUCCUGUUCACCGUUGCUAUUGUGUGGGGAUAUGCUGAAGUUUUGACUCUAGUUGGGGCAUAUGAUAAAACUUCCCCAAACACUCAAUUCAGUUGUCGUACUGAUCGUUCUGGACUCAUUAGUGCCGCUCCAUGGAUAAGGGUUCCAUAUCCGUUUCAGUGGGGUGGUCCCAGUUUUAAUGCUGGCGAUUCUUUUGCAAUGAUGGCUUCUUCUUUGGUUGCUAUUAUUGAGUCUACAGGUACUUUUAUUGCAGCAUCAAGAUAUGGGAGCGCCACUCCUAUGCCACCUUCUGUACUUAGCCGCGGUAUUGGUUGGCAGGGAAUAGGAAUACUGCUUGAUGGUCUUUUUGGCACAGGAAGUGGCACCACUGCUUCAGUUGAAAAUGCAGGUCUUCUGGGAUUGACACGAAAUGGAAGCCGAAGAGUUGUUCAAAUAUCAGCAUUAUUUAUGAUUUUCUUCUCUGUAUUAGGAAAAUUCGGAGCUGUUCUCGCUUCUAUACCAUUUCCCAUUGUGGCAGCUUUGUACUGUGUCCUCUUUGCCUAUGUGGCUUCAGCUGGUUUGGGUUUCCUACAGUUUUGCAACCUAAACAGCUUCAGGACUAAGUUCAUUAUAGGCUUCUCUCUUUUCAUGGGGCUUUCUGUGCCACAGUACUUCAAUGAAUAUAUAGUGACUUCUGGUCGUGGCCCAGUGCACUCCGGUUCAACAGCGUUCAACAACAUAUUUCAAGUGAUUUUCUCAUCCCCAGCGACAGUGGCCAUUAUGGUUGCUUACUUCUUGGACUGCACUCACAGUGUUGGGCACAGCGCAACCCGGCGAGACAGUGGCAGGCACUGGUGGGUAAAGUUCCGGUAUUUCGAACGGGAUACAAGGAGUGAAGAGUUCUAUUCGCUGCCGUUCAACCUUAAUAGGUUCUUCCCUUCAUUCUAGGCUUGGCAUAUCAUAUGAAGAGGUUCACAAUUAGUAAAUAGUAUUAUUGAAUUCCUUGUGCUCAUGCAAUUAUUUUGUUGGAGAUGAUGCUAUUCAUCGAAUCAAGGUUAUAGAAUAUAGGAAUAUUUGAGCUUGGUGCAGCAGCUAGCUAAGCUUGUAAGUAGUACCAUUUAUAGUUAUAGUUGGUGUAAAGAUGAGAGUGAUGAAUGUGAAUUCAAUUGCCAGAUUUUAUUUGAUUUAAGUAUGCCGACGUUGACCUA